UGAGGCUCCGAAGCCCCGCCUGCUCUCGGCAACUGAAGGCCCUCAGGGCGGAGGAGGGCGGAGACGCCGAGCAGCUCUCAGCACCCAGGCGGAGGCCGCGGAGCUCUCCCUCUGCCGGUGGCUUUACCCCGUUUCGCCGUCCCCUCGGUGAGUCUAAGGAACAUCUCUUCUGGUCCGAGAAGGCGGCUGUGGUCCCUCUUCUUUCCCUGUGGCGCAGGCUGGUAUAGUGCAUGUGUCUGGAGGAGAGUCGAGGCGCUUGAUGUUGGAGAGGGCUGGCUUGGGUUCCGCGUCUCUUCCCUCCUGUCCCAGAAUAAGAAUAAAAGAAUCUGUAAAGUUGGAGAAGAUAAAAGUAUAUUCAGUCUCCAAACCAGAAAGUCAGCAAAGCGACAUUCCUUCUGGAUUUCUCUCUUCUUCCUCCAAGUUUUCCUCUACACUUGCUGCAUAAACAUUCAGGAGUUCAUUUCACAGUUAUCCUGGAAAUGCACAAUUUUGAGGAUGAGUUAACAUGUCCCAUUUGUUACAGUAUUUUUGAAGAUCCUCGUGUACUACCAUGCUCUCAUACAUUUUGUAGAAAUUGCUUGGAAAACGUUCUACAGGCAUCUGGCAACUUUUAUAUAUGGAGACCUUUACGAAUUCCUCUUAAGUGCCCUAACUGCAGAAGUAUUAUUGAAAUUGCUCCAACUGGUAUUGAAUCUUUACCUGUUAAUUUUGCAUUAAGGGCUAUUAUUGAAAAGUACCAGCAAGAAGACCAUCCGGAUAUUGUCACCUGCCCUGAGCAUUACAGGCAGCCAUUAAAUGUUUACUGUCUACUGGAUAAAAAAUUAGUUUGUGGUCACUGUCUUACCAUAGGUCAACAUCUUGGCCAUCCUAUAGAUGAUCUUCAGAGCGCCUAUAUGAGAGAAAGGGACACACCUCAAAAACUGGUUGAACAGUUAACAGACACACACUGGACAGAUCUUACUCGUCUUAUUGAAAAGCUGGAAGAACAAAAAUCUCGUUCGGAGAAAAUGGUCCAAGGUGAUAAGGAAGUUGUUCUCCAGUAUUUUAAGGAGCUUAGUGAUACGUUAGAACAGAAAAAAAAAUGUUUCCUAACUGCUCUUUGUGAUGUUGGCAAUCUGAUUAAUCAAGAAUAUACUCCACAAAUUGAAAGAAUGAAAGAAAUGAGAGAGCAGCAGCUUGAAUUAAUGACAUUGACAACAUCUUUAAAAGAAGAGUCUCCACUUAAAUUUCUUGAAAAAGUUGAUGAUGUCCGCCAACGUGUGCAGAUCUUGAAACAAAGACCACUUCCUGAGGUCCAACCUGUUGAAAUUUAUCCCCGAGUAAGCCAAGUAUUGAAAGAAGAUUGGAGCAGAACAGAAAUUGGACAAAUUAAGAAACUUCUCAUUCCUGAAAUGAAAAUUUCUUCAAAAAGGAUGCCAUGUUCCUGGCCUGAUAAAGAUAAAAAAGAAGUUGAAUUUUUUAAGAUUCUAAACAUUGUUAUAGUUACACUAAUUUCAGUGAUACUGAUGCUGAUCCUCUUUUCUAACCAUCACAUAAUAACUUUUUUAAAUGAAAUCACUUCAGUAUGUUUUUCUGAAGUCUCUCUAUCUGUUUACCAAAGUUUAUCUAACAAUCUGCAUGAUUUAAAGAAUAUACUAUGUCACACUUUAUAUUUACUGAAGGAAUUCAUGUGGAAAAUAAUUUCUCGUUGACAAUUCAAGUCUGAAUUAUUUAAAUAGGCUUAUUCUAUACAGCAGAGACUAACAACCACAGUUGAACGGAGGAAUAGGGGUAGCGUGGAUAAAUAAAAUAGCAAGCUAAACAUUAUUAGAGUUGUAACAAAUAUAGAAAUGUUAAACCUUUUAUGCUUCUGUUGAAUAGGAAGUGUCAUCAAAAGUUAGAAAUGAGACAGAAUGUCUGGUUUUCUGAAAACCAGAAUAAAAUCUGGUAAUUACUUGAUUUGAGUAUUAAUACAUUAUCCUAUUUAUCCUGGUUUGAGAGGUUGAUAGUAUCACUGUGAUAUUUAAACAUUCUUGUACUCUCUUUUAGCAUUAUAUACUGCAGUGGUUGGCUUUGCACUUCUGUGUAUAUGUAGCUUUUAAUUAAAAAGUGAAAUCCUGAAAGGUGUAAGCCUUUAUUUUGAUGUGGCUUGACACUUGAAUGGGCAAAUAAGGAUGGUGAGAAGAGGUUUUAAAUUCAAGCAGCAAAAUCUCAAAUUGAUAGGGGUUGCUCAUGUUAAAAAUGUGUUUGAUCAGAUGUACCUGAUCCACACAUUAAUGUGUUUUAGGUAGACUUAAGAGCCUUAAAAUGUUUAUCAACAUUCAUUCCUAAUUAAAUUUUUGCUUUUGGAAAUCCAAAGUGCUGUUAGGGACCAAACAGUAACAUUUUCUAACCCUUGUUAUUCUGUGGUUUGUGUUAAUUUAUUUUAGGAUUGUAUUCGACUUUUCUGCAGUCUUCAGUCUUGUCAGUCAAAUCAGUUCUUGGAUAAAAACUCUGAAACAUGGUACUAGAA